AAGCCGCAAACUCCUCUCGUCGUUAUUUUCAUUUUCUUAAAAGCAAGUAACGUGUACUGAAAACUCGCGUACCAGAGCGAGUUCUUCUGAUCCUCCUCCACCAUUCCGUACACGUUUCUCCGUCGACAUUGAUCACUGAUUACUGUAUAUUCCGAUGUCGACUGAGCCGCUAAUUCAACCGCCGGAUGCGGUGGCGGCGUCCCGCCAAUGCGGCGAACUGUGGCGGAUUUUCGACGAGUUGCCCAAAGCCACCAUCGUGUCAGUUUCUCGACCAGAGACUGGAGAAAUUAGCCCAAUUCUCCUUUCUUAUACCAUUGAAUUGCAGUACAAACAGUUCAAGUGGCGGCUACGGAAGAAAGCAUCACAAGUUCUUUAUCUGCAGUUCGCUUUGCGGAAACGUGCCUUGAUUGAAGAUCUUCAUGGCAAGCAAGGGCAGGUAAAAGAAUGGCUUCAAAGCAUAGGAAUAGUUGAUCAAACUGUGAUGGUGCAAGAUGAUGAGGAACCUGAUGAUGGAGCUGUACCUUUACAUCAUAAAGACAGUGUUAACAGCAGAUAUGUCCCAUCUGUUGCUGCUCUGUCAAUAAUUCGUCCAUCAUUAGGAGGUCAGCAGUCAAUUGCUGAGAAAGCCAAAGUAGCAAUGCAGAGUUAUUUGGAUCUGUUUUUGGGAAACAUGGAUAUUGUGAAUUCUCAAGAGGUCUGCAAGUUUUUGGAGGUCUCCAAGCUAUCCUUUUUACAGGAGUAUGGUCCAAAACUGAGAGAGGGAUAUGUAAUGGUGAAUCAUUUGUCAAAUAUUUCGCAGGAUUCAGAUGUAUCAUGCUUUCCAUGUAAUUGGUUUCGUUGUUGUGAUAACAACUGGAAGAAGGUAUGGGCUGUAUUGAAACCUGGGUUUUUGGCCUUGCUGGAUGACCCCUUCAACAACAAACUACUGGAUAUAAUCAUGUUUGAUGUCCUCCCAUCCUCAACUGGAAAUGGAGGGACCAAAAUAUAUUUAGCUGAAACUAAAAAGGAACACAAUCCUCUGCGUUACACAUUUGAGGUUACUAGUGGAAAUAAGAGCAUAUGUUUGAGAACAACAAGCAGUGAUAAAGUUAAAGCUUGGGUUACUGCAAUAAAUGAAGCUGGUCUAAGACCUCUGGAGGGUUGGUGUUAUCCUCAUCGCUUUGGUUCAUUUUCUCCUGUAAGAGGUUUGGCUGAAGAUGGAAGCCAAGCCCAGUGGUAUGUAGAUGGACAGGCAGCGUUUGAAGCAAUUGCUUCUUCAAUUCAAGAUGCAAAGUCAGAGAUCUUCAUUACAGGAUGGUGGCUAUGUCCAGAGCUAUAUCUGCGACGGCCUUUUGAUAGUUUUUCUACCUUUAGGUUAGACUCAUUACUAGAAGAAAAAGCUAAGCAAGGGGUUCAGAUUUAUGUGCUGCUCUACAAGGAGGUUUCUUUAGCCUUGAAAAUCAACAGCUCGUACAGUAUGAGAAGACUGCUCAAAAUUCAUGAGAAUGUGAGGGUAUUGCGAUAUCCUGACCAUUUCGCUUCUCGUGUGUAUUUAUGGUCGCAUCAUGAAAAACUUGUAAUAAUUGAUUACAAAAUUUGCUAUAUUGGAGGGUUAGAUUUAUGCUUUGGACGAUAUGACACACCUGAGCAUAAAGUAGGUGAUUGCCCCUCUGUAAUAUGGCCUGGAAAGGACUAUUACAAUCCAAGAGAAUCUGAACCAAAUUCAUGGGAAGACACCAUGACAGAUGAAUUGGAUCGCCAGAAAUAUCCUCGCAUGCCAUGGCAUGAUGUCCAUUGUGCUAUUUGGGGACCUCCAUGUCGUGACAUUGCUCGGCACUUUAUUCAACGGUGGAACCAUGCUAAGAGAACUAAGGCUCCAAAUGAACAUGAAAUUCCACUACUUAUGCCUCACCAUCACAUGGUCUUACCACAUUACAUGGGAAGAAGCAAAGAAAUAGACAUUGAUGGAAAGGAAGAUGAAGAUAACAGGAAAGAAAUUGAAAGGCAGGAUUCAUUUUCUUCAGAGUCUCCAACACAAGAUAUACCCCUCCUUUUACCUCAAGAAGCGGACGGAUUAGUUACUUCAAGUGGAGACCAAACAAAUUUCAGUGAACAUUCUCCAUUAUCAUCCCAAAAUGUGGAGCAUGAAUCUUUAGUUCCAGAUAACCAGAAGAAAGGGUUUCAAGAUGAAGUUGUUACUUUAAACUUGGGGGCACAAUCUCUAGUUGAUACUCUAGAUGAUUGGUGGGAUACACCUGAAGGUACCAAUGAUGCUUCUACUUUGGAAUAUGGAGAAGUUGGUCCCCGUACUACUUGUCACUGUCAGGUGAUCAGAAGUGUCAGCCAGUGGUCUGCUGGAACAAGUCAGACUGAAGAAAGUAUUCACACCGCAUAUUGUUCUCUCAUUGAUAAAGCAAAACAUUUUAUCUACAUUGAGAAUCAAUUUUUCAUAUCAGGUCUAGCAAAGGAUGACACAAUACAAAAUCGUAUUUUGGAAGCACUAUAUAGGCGUAUUUUGCAAGCCCACAAAGAGGAAAAAGAAUUUAGAGUUAUAGUUGUGAUGCCCCUCUUGCCUGGAUUCCAGGGCGGUCUAGAUGAUGGUGGUGCCGCAACUGUGAGGGCCUUAACACAUUGGCAAUAUAGAACAAUUUCUAGAGGAAAGCACUCCAUAUUGCACAAUCUUGAAGCUAUACUUGGUCCUAAAGCACAUGAUUAUAUUUCUUUCUAUGGACUAAGAACCCAUGGUCGACUUUAUGCGGAUGGUCCUAUGGCUACAAGUCAGGUAUAUGUGCACAGCAAAUUGAUGAUAAUUGAUGAUCGUGUAGCUUUUAUUGGAUCAUCUAAUAUAAAUGACCGGAGUUUGCUUGGAUUAAGAGACUCUGAGAUCGGAGUGCUUAUAGAAGACAAAGAAUAUGUUGGAUCAUUGAUGAACGGAAAGCCUUGGAAGGCUGGAAAAUUUUCCCAUAGCCUCCGCUGCUCGCUAUGGUCUGAGCAUCUUGGUCUUUCUUCUGGAGAUAUCAGUAAAAUCAGUGAUCCAGUGGCAGAUUCAACCUACAAGGACUUGUGGUCAGCAACUGCAAAGGAAAAUACUAGGAUAUACCAUGAGGUCUUCGCUUGCAUUCCCAAUGACUUGAUACACUCGAGAGCUGCACUUCGGCAAAGCAUGGUUUACUGGAAGGAAAAACUUGGUCAUACCACCAUAGACUUGGGAAUAGCCCCUGAUAAGUUAGUCUGUCGUGAAAAUGGAGAAACCAAAGCAAUAGACCCGGUAGAUAGAUUGAAGCAUGUAAAAGGACACCUUGUUUCUUUCCCUUUGGAGUUCAUGCGUGAUGAAGAUCUCAGACCAGCUGUUAUCGAGAGUGAGUUUUAUGUAUCUCCUCAAGUAUAUCAUUAGUUAACAAAACUGAUAGACAAUCUAAAGGAAGUGCGAAAGAUAGGGUGGGAGAGAAAGGACUUGUGACGAUUAAACACAUGGGAAAAAAAUCUGAAACAAGAGGAUACUCUGUAUAGUUAUUAGUUUAUUAUGACUAUUAAAAGUUUUAGAAAGGGGAGUAAUUAUCCAGAAUCCAAGCUGUGUGAAAAACUUGAAGUGCAGUAACUGUGGGAAGUGUGAAAAUUGGUGUAAAUAACAGUUCCGAAAUAGUGUGUUUGGAUAUCAUAGUGAACAGACUUUCAUCUCAAUCCAUAGAAGAAUUUUGUUCACUUUUUUAAUCUCGAUGUAAGUACUAAUGUCCGUUAGUGUCAACGGAUAUCGACAAUACCUGGCCGUAAUUGAUGGCCAUUUUGCCAUACAAACUUUCACAUUGUACAGGACUGCUUCGUUUGUUGUAAUGUAAUUUGUACAUAUAUUUCUUCUUCGAUUGACAUUGGAAUCGUUCAUGUAUAAUUAUUUGGAAGUUUUAAUAAUUUCCGCUAGUUAAGGUUGAUAAUUUGAUUUCA